AUGGAUGGUCACGAUACAGAGCCGCCUGAUGGGCACAAGCCAAAUAACAACGCAUUCCAUGAUGAUCUGAUUUUCUGUGAAAUGGAAAUAAAACAGGAGCCGACGGUCAAACAAGAGCCAGAAAAUGACGACGGCAUUGUGACGGUGUCGAGACGACCACGCACGGUCAACAGUGUGGUGCUUGAUAUUGAGAUUGGCGAGGAGCAAAUGAAUGGAAAAGAUGUGUGCUUUGAUUUGGCUGAAGUAAAGGUUAAGAUUCAACAGGAAAGUCCGAUGAAGCGUCUAUCGAAUGGUGGUGCUGGAAAAGUUGGCAAGAAGAACAAAGAAAACUGUGCUCGUGACAUGAAGAAGCCACCUGAAUGCAAAGCAACUGGAAAACGAUACAAGUGUUCAUUGUGCGAGUAUGUCACGUUCAAAACAACUAAUUUGAAUCGACAUAUGCUUAAGCACACUGGCGAACGACCAUUCCCAUGCACAAUUUGUUCAAAACGAUUCACACAAAAACCACAUUUGCAAUCACAUAUGAAAGCACACGUCAAUGAAUUUCUGUUCAGUUGUUCAACUUGUUUUCAAGGAUUUCAUCGAAGCGAGGAGAAGGUGGAACAUGAAUCUGGUUGUAAGGUGCGUCGCUACGAGUGUCAUCUGUGCAAGGAAUAUUCUACUGUGUACAAGACGAAUUUGGAAAAUCAUAUGCGUGUGCAUACUGGCGAAAGACCAUUCGAAUGUGACCAUUGCUUGAAGAAAUUUACUCAAGCAAAUCAUUUGAAAGUCCACCUCAAAUCUCACACCAAUCCUCGUCCGUUGAAAUACAAGUGUUCAACUUGCUUCAAGAUCUUUGCGCAACAAAUGGAAAAAGAAAAUCACGAAGCCAAUUGCAAGCGACGCGGAUACAAAUGCGUUCUGUGCAAGACAUAUACAACUGAUCAUAAAGGACAUUUGAUGAAACACAUGCGAAUCCACACUGGCGAAAAACCUUUCCGAUGUAACAAAUGUUCGAAACGAUUUGUGCAAAAAGGACAUCUCUACACCCAUAAGAAGAUUCACAAGUGA